AUGACGACGAGACGAGAUGAAUUGACCAUAUCAGUGCUCUGGAGGGUCGAUGGAGCGAUCUCUCAGUCAACUUGCCAAUGUACGUGCGUUAGGUUCACUUUUUGUGGGGAGUGGUACUAGAUCUCCCAUCGAGUUCUUCGCAAAAUCACCAGUGGCUAAUUCCAGAAAUUAAAAUAAUAAAUAAAUGGAAUUAUAUAAACGCAAAACCAAUACGCGAGCACAUAUACGUAUACCCUCCUGCUGACGGAGUAUUUGUAUAUCUGUGGAAUUCCCAGUGCAUUCCGGUUUUUUGAAUAACAUCCAACCAACAACCGUGUCUAUAUAAACGUCGCUUCGGCAGAGAGUCACACUGAAAUACCGACAUCGAAAAACCCCCAAAAAACGUCAAUAAAAAGGAAAAAACUCUCAAUAAUUAAUGCACACCCACAUGAUUAAGAAAAAGUGUGAUUCCAGUCGUGUACUUAAUCUGUAAUAAAACAUAUUAAAACCGUGCGGUUAAAUAAUUCUUAAACGAACUUUUCCUUCCAGCCAAAAAAUGCUUAGAACAGAUCGCAUGAUGAUAAGGAUCUCCUUGGUUUUGGGGAUGAUCUUCCUCUGCGCCGCGAAUCCCCAAAGCAGCAAUGGCCUCCCCCAACUGUCGGUGGGAUCUCCCCUUACCGCUUUGACGGAUCCCGCGGCUUUCGAGCGUGCAGGUAGCCCCAUCCAGUCCAUGCGGAGCGACUUCGGCACCGAUGUCCUGAUCAGCAUUUCGCAGGGAGUCCAGGUCUUCGCGCUCGAUCUCCUCCAGCGCAUAUCCAUCGAGGUGGAGGAGUCCAACCGGGACUUCAUGAUAUCGCCCUUCUCCAUAUGGUCACUCCUUGUGCUCCUGUACGAAGGAUCCAAUGGAGAAACCUACAACCAGCUGGGUCGCGUCCUGCGGAUCAAUGUGGAGGGCGAAAAACUGCGUGGGGCGUACAAGGUGUGGAGCUCAUUUCUCAACACGACCACCCCCACCAUCGAGGUGGCCACCCUGCAGGCCAUUUACACCGACAAGGAUUAUCCCAUCAAGAACAACUACCGGGAUACCAUCCAAAACUACAAUGUGCAGCCCGUGGUGGUGGACUUCUACAGCCCGGAUUCGGUGGUGGAGAUAAACAUGGCCACAAACCGCACCACCCGAGGCCUAAUUCCGUACACCGUUCUGCCACAGGAUAUAUAUGGAGCCAGGAUGUUUCUACUCUCCUCCCUUUACUUCAAGGGCCAGUGGAAGUAUCCCUUCAACGAAACCCUGACGAGAGUGGAGUCCUUUUACAACGAGAACGACCAGCCCAUCACCCAGAUACCCAUGAUGGUGCAGGAAGCGAACUUCGCCUAUGCCGCCAACAUAGAGGGUUUGGAUGGCUAUGUCCUGGAGCUGCCCUACGGCAAGCAGGACAGGCUUUCGAUGAUCGUGGUGCUGCCCAAGCGCGGUUUUAAGUUGAGGGACGUGGCCAACAAUCUCAAGAACAUAGGAUUGCGACCCAUCCUUCAGCGACUGGAGGCCUUCAGGAAGAAAGCCCCCGAAGACAACGAGGUGGAGGUCAUGAUGCCGAAGUUCGUGACAUCCACGGACUUUGCGCUCAAGGAAACCCUUAUUAAUAUGGGCGUUAAGGAUCUGUUUGAUGAGACUGCCGCCAACCUAGACCGCAUGUCGAACGGGCUGUUCGCCAAGCAGGUGUUCCACUCCACCAAGAUCAUUGUGGACGAGCAGGGCACCACGGCAGGAGCAGUCACGGAGGCCUCGCUGGUCAACAAGGCCACGCCGCCCAAGUUCCAGAUGAACCGUCCCUUCCAGUACAUGAUCGUGGAGAAGGCGACCGGUCUGAUGCUCUUCGCCGGCCAAGUAAGGAACCCCAAGGCGGCUUAGAGAUCAGAGCAGUGCCAGACUUUACUCACAUACCACAAUAAAUACCUUACCUUAAGUCAAAA